AGGGGUGGGUGGGGGACGGUGAGGGACAGCGUCCGAUUUCUGAGACCAGACGAAAGCUAGGGGACAGUCUGGGGUAGACGGGAUAAAAAGCGGAUGACUCGUGGGGAAGGCGGGAUUUCAAUUCGGACCAAAUGCUCCGCUCCCACUUUGUCGCACCACAGGCCACCUCCGGCCGCGCUCGGUUUGUGAGCGUUUCUUGGGUGGAGGCGGCUCAAAUAAACAAAGACUGACCAAGGCACCUGAGGCUGGACAGAAAGCCAGGCCCGUUUAUGUGGGUAUGGCUCAGGGGGAGGGCAGAAGAUCUGGUUUCUCCCCCACCCCCGCCUCCCCGAGAUUCCCCAUGCCGAGUCCCUAAAGAGCCGGACCAGGAACGCGUCCUUGAAUACUAGAAGCUCUGCUCAGCCGCUCUCUUGGCUGAUUCCACCCUGACCGUGGUCCCACAGGAGCUCGCGAGCGCCUAGUGCAGUGGGGCGCGGCCUUUUUGAGGGGCCCUCCCCUCUCCCGGGCGUGCUCGCGCCUGCGCUUGCGCUCGCGUCCGCCGCCGCCUCUGCCUCUGCAGCCUCUGCAGCCUCUGCAUCCGCUGCCGCCAUCAUGAUCUGCCUAGUGCUGACCAUCUUCGCCAACAUCUUCCCCUCAGCCUGGACCGGUCUGAAUGAACGGACCUUCCUGGCCAUCAAGCCUGACGGAUUCCAGCGACGCCUAGUGGGAGAGAUCAUUGAGCGCUUCGAGAAGAAGGGCUUCAAGCUGGUGGGGCUGAAGCUGGUGCAGGCCUCGGAGGACCUCCUGAGGGAGCACUACUCGGCUUUGCGGGACCGGCCCUUCUACAGCCGCUUGGUCAAGUACAUGAGCUCGGGCCCCGUGGUUGCCAUGGUGUGGCAGGGGCUGGACGUAGUGCGCUCUUCUCGAGCCCUCAUCGGAGCAACCAAUCCUGCGGAGUCCUCGCCGGGCACCAUCCGAGGAGAUUUCUGUAUCGAAGUGGGCAAAAACGUUAUUCAUGGCAGUGACUCAGUGGAGAGCGCCCGCCGGGAGAUUGCCCUUUGGUUCCACGCAGAUGAGCUGCUCUGCUGGGAAGACAGUGUAGAUCGAUGGUUGUACGAGUAGUUUGGCCCAGCUAAAGUAUCCUCCGGGUAUGACUGAGAAAGGGAUUUUGCUUUAUGCACCAAAAACUUCCUCCGGGUCUAAGAUCAGACCCAUCCCUUGGCUUAAACUCUUGGUUUGCAAACAGGCCUGAGGGAGUAAAAUGUUCUGUAGGAAAAUUUUCCCCAGGCUGGUCCCUGGAUUGCUCUGCCUCUCAAAAAUCACCCAAGGGUAGGGUGUGAGGGGUUGGCGGGGAUAUUUAUCUGUGAGCUGAACUCAAGACGAUUUGAGGUACUGAGGCCAGUGAAAGUGUAGCCCAAUUUGACUUGGCAGAUUUUUUUGAGCAGAAAACGUCAGUGCACCUUGCUCUGGGCAUUUAGUGGUGAGGAAACCUAGAUUUGCUGUCAAGUCCUUCCCCCACCCCACAAAUGCCUUUGGAGACCAGCACCAUUCCCUGAAUCUGGCUAGAGAUAUUGGAAAUCAAACUGAAUUGGUGAGGCUGAGAAAGCUCAGUGAUAACAGUCAUCCUGGGUAAUUGGGAUGGACAGUCAUCCAGUUCUGGUGACAGGUUAGGACCUGAAAUGAUUGAGUUGUAGCCCCCUUUUCUCCCUUCCCUUGGAAGUAUGUGUAUUAGCACAAACUAAAUGCAACAGCUUUUACAAAAAAAAAAAACGUGUUUUUUUUCUCCUUAUUUUGGGGU